AUGAAAUUUGCAUUAAGCAACAACGCCACAGCGAUACAGAUUGAUUCAACGAAACUCAUAUUUAGUCUCACGACAAGAAGGGAACAAACCUUUUGCCUUUUGAAUCGCGACAAAGUUGUUCUGAUCAGGCGCAAAAUGCUCGCCAGAAGGUCCCGUCUGCAGAUAAAGCCAAACAUCUCCAAAUCUGUCAAAACUGCACCGAAACGUAUUGAAAAUGAAGAGUCCACUGCUUCGACUUCCAGUGAGGUUGCGCCAGUAGAAGCAACUGUGGCCUUGGAGGAAUCCGCUAAUGUUGGUAAUGCACCGGCUGCUGAAGAAACCGUAGCUGUACCGAGAUCAUUAGCCGAUUUCGUCCAAGACCUUGACGGUCCUUCUGAACCUGCUCCACCUGAGCCUAGAAAAGAGCCUGUUAAAGAACCUGAAGUCAACUACGUAGACCUGCUUGCUCCAGAAAGGAGGAUUGCUCACACGGCAAAAGAUGUGAGGCCGCGCUUUUCAUCUACGAAUGACUAUUUGGACACAUCACCUGCGAAGAAUAGUCGAAAUAAAAGAAAAUUUACUGGAGAUGAGGAGUUGGAUCCAAAGAAGAUGCGCAUGAUGGAUAUGAUUUUCUACAACCCGAAAAAGGGUAAAAGCAUGACUCGAAAGCAUGACACUGCCGAAUCUGUGAUUGGUGAAAAUCCUACACCAUCUCCGGAAAAGCAGCCUACAGUUACUAGUACACCGAAAGUUGCUGCACCACAAGUGAAAAUUGGUGCUGAUGGACGCUUAGUCAUUGACGAGGAGAGUUUGGUUGUUGAAAACGAAAGCACUAAUGACAGUAGCAUAUGGGAGACUGUCGACGAGGAUAGAAUGACGCGUAAAGUCUCUUCUCUGUCAUUUCGGAAUCGAAUGUGGAGGAAGGGAACAUCGUGGACUGAAAAAGAAAACGAGUUAUUUUAUGAAAUUCUGCGUUGCACGGGGCCGGAUUUUGGACUUAUGCAUGAAUUUUUCCCGACACGCGCUCGUAAUGAACUCAAGAGCAAAUUCAAUCGAGAGGAAAGAACGAAUUGGGCGAAAUUGAAGGAGGUUAUGAGCAGACCAGCCCUCUUGGAUGAGGAUCUUUAUGAGCGAGCUGCAGAUCUUCAGAGAGAAAUUGAAGAAGAAGCAUUAGCUAAAAAGUUGAAAAAAGAGAAGGCAACAGAUAAUGGCACCGGAAUGACAACCCGGCGAAGACGAAAAAAGAAAAUUGAUGAAGAAGAAGCAGCGGACAACUCAGAGGAUCUCAUUGAGGAGGCUACUCAGAUCAUCAAUAGCUUAGAGAAGGAGAGAUCAAAAAAAACAAAAAAGAAGCAGAGGCGACGCCAUUCCUGGUCUGAUAGCAGUGACUCGUCUGAUACCGGGAUUAGCGAAGAAUCAGGUAUUGAUGAAGACGAUGAUGAGAACGAGACUGAACAGGAAGAGGAAGAUGUUGCCGGAACUUCGGGAGACAUUGCCGCCACCGAAAAGAAGAAAGGAAGCAUGAGUGGAAAGAAGAAACGGCUUCAAUCAAAUUCCUUUAGCGAAAGUGCCAUAUCGGAGUCUAACAUAGUGGAUGAGCCUCGUAAAAUUGUAAAACUAACAAGGAAGAAUGAGAAAAAGCUUUCUGCCACGGCGGAGGCACUUCUCAAGGAAACUCUCGAGCUAAUACCUGACAGGGGUCAACAAAGUGGGGCACCAGAUGAAGUUGCUGAGAGUGCCGCUGCACAAGCUUACGAAGGAUACGACGAAGGGGGUGCUGAUAUUGGCAGUGCUGAUAUUAGCAGCAUCCAGACAAUUGAUAGUGACGUUGUGGAAGAUUCUCGCCGUCCAAACUUAUUAGUCAGAACCCGGCGUACUGCACAGAUAACCAGAAGCUCGGAGUUCAUCGACAGAAAUCGGCCUAUGCCAACGUCUUCUAAUCAUCCAACUGAAGAAGAAGCGGUCUCUCCUCAAGCUGCAAGCGAGAAUACUGUGGAAAAUGCUGGUGGAAAUGAAGUGGAAGAAGAAUGUCGGGACGGACCAUCAACAGCGACUUCACCAGAGCCACCCGCGGUAACUUCGACGUCGCACGAUACGGAACGACACCGAACGAAGCCCAAAAUUGCACCAAAUCGUAAAUUAUCGACCAAAAAACAACCAAAUAAACCAAGAUCAAGAGAAGCUGACGGCUCAGGUGAAGCUUCUGAUCCAGUCCCACAAAAGCAUACUGCUUCUGUCACGGAAACAGAGGACACACCGGUUACGCCAGGAAACAGAAAUGAUGUUAAAAGAACAGCGGACAAAACCUUAAACCCGACUUUUUCAAAGGUCACCAAUGUUGAACACAAUAACCAUAGCGUAGGAUCGCUGGAGAGUCAGUCUACCUCUUUGAAAGAUCAAUCUGUGGUAGCACCGACAUCUAAAGAGACACGAUUAUCCCGCCCGCGUCGUCAUGUCAAAGUCAAUGUUGUCGCGAGACGUGCACCUCCAAAACGUCAACCUAAUAGAGCAACCCCAAAGAAAAAUGACAAGAAAGGCGAUGAUGAGCUUUGUAAUCGUGAUUCCACAUCAGACAAGCCAGCAGAACAACCUUCCACGUCAGUCGAAGGCGAAGAUUGCACGAGAGUCAGAAGAUCUGUCCCAAAGGAAAGAGAGGAAGCUACAGCGAACGAUACCGGAGAUAAGAGCUGCGAGAAUAACGCAGCGGAUGACUCCAGUGACAUUGUUGCUCUAGAGGGCAGCGCUCCUUCCAAACCAGCUCACUCGUCUAAAGGAAGUACUCCAAUACUUGUAGAGGUUGAACUGAAAAGACCAUCUCGAGCAAAACGAGGAAUUUCUCGCAAAUCUCGUGGGCGCCGAUGAGUCUUCUUUUUCGACAUAUUAGACAUAUUAAAUCGUAGCUCUAAUGAUGUCAUAUGUUUUGUGAUUGUAAUAUACUGAUCGUCAAAGGUAGGUUGUUUGAGAAUUUCCACCUGUUAGGUAGUACUAUAUUUUUUGCGGUGUGAGUGCUGCAGACUCUUGUGCAAGAUGUCAGCUUGUCGUCCUUGUUGUGAUUUUUUGUUUUUUGUUGGAAUGUAGUUGUUCGCUUGUUGAUCAUAAAUUAUAGUUU